UAUGGCUACCACAGACUCCCCAGAGAACAGCAACCGCGCCGCCGUGCUCAAGCCCGGCGGCUCCUUCUACUAUGAAACUCGCGAAGCACCCACCAUUCAGUCCGACCAAGACGUGAUUGUGAAGGUGGUGGCAACCGGCCUGUGCGGCUCCGAUGUACAUUACUGGCAACAUGGACGGAUCGGACGGUAUGUGGUGGAGAAACCCAUCAUUCUGGGACACGAAUCCUCGGGAAUUGUCGUCGCCUGCGGAAGCGCCGUCAAAGGGCUCGCAGCUGGGGACCGCGUCGCGCUUGAGCCGGGCAUAUCGUGCAACACCUGCGAGCCAUGUCGCGCCGGCCGCUACAACCUGUGUCGAGAUAUGCACUUCGCGGCAACCCCACCAUAUGAUGGGACACUCUGCACAUACUACCGCGUACCAGUCCAGUGUUGCUUUAGGCUACCCCCUCACAUCUCCUUGCGCGACGGGGCACUGGUAGAGCCCCUGGGUGUAGCCGUGCAUGCCUGCCGGCUGGGAGGGGACAUGCAGAAUCGCUCGGUGAUUGUCUUUGGGGCCGGCCCAGUCGGUCUACUCUGCUGCGCCGUGGCGCGUGCCUUUGGUGCGGCCCGUGUCGUCGCCGUGGACAUUGUCCCCAGUCGACUCAGUGUAGCCAGCAAAUACGGCGCUACGCACACCUACCAGAUGACCUCAACAUCCCCGGAAGACAAUGCGAAGGAUUUGCUCGCCGCCGCUGGGCUGGAGGAGGGCGCCGAUGUGGUCUUGGAUGCCACGGGCGCGGAGCCAUGUCAGAACUGCGGCCUCCACGCCAUCGCGCCAGGAGGCACCUUCGUCCAAGUGGGCUUGGGCCGGCCCAACGUCUCCCUCCCGAUCGGGCAGAUCUGUGAUAAAGAGGUGAUUGUGAAGGGCAGCUUCCGAUACGGUCCCGGAGACUUCCAAUUAGCCGUCGGGCUGCUAGAGGCUAACCGAGUCAAUCUUGAAGGCCUAGUCACGAAUGAAUACUCCUUCUCGCAGGUCGAGGAGGCUUUCCAGAAUGUAGCCAACAGAGUCGGAAUCAAGAGCGUUAUCUACGGGCCAGAGGUGGAGGCGGAGAUGGCCAAGGCAAUUGUAUGAUAGGGAGCAUCACAGCGCUGCUAGACGCGGCCACGAGUUUCUGACACCCAGGCGGCUGGGAAUUUGAUCAUCAACCAUAGUGGACACAAC